UCGGGUUGCUAUGUUGCUUACUAUAUUUUAUAGCGUACAUUCUACGUCAAUAACUAUACAAUAAUUACAUUCAUUUAAUAUUAAUGAAUUGUUUUCGAAUUGAAAAAUAAGAUUCGCUAUAGUUUAAUCCUAACACCAUUAUUGACUUAUUAUGUGAUAAGGAAUCACAAUUCAUUGACACUUUUGCCUCGAACUCGUUAAUUAUUCCUCGCACGGCCGCAAGCUCAAUUGAACCCACGUUGCAUACAGUUAGCCUUCUCAAUUACUAUAAAAUUGGUAGCAAUUGUAUUCCUCGUAUCAUUCAGUGCAGUAGCAUCUCAGUGAAAACAAUCAAAAUGUUCAAGUCUAUGUUGGUACUCGCUUGCUUGAUGGCCGUGGCUGUGGCUACCCCCGAACCCAAGCCGGGCGUGCUGUACAGCGCGGCGUACACGGCGCCCGUGGCGGCGGCGUACACCGCGCCCGUGGCGGCCGCGUACACUGCGCCGCUCGCCUAUUCCGCAUACACCGCGCCGCUCGCCGCCUACUCCGCCUACCCCUACGCCUCGCCCUACGCCGCCUACUACCUGCGCAAGUGAUCUGAACAAAUCGGCAAAACAUAUAAACGAUUAAAAUGAUUAUCACUACCUAAA